AUGCCGCGUGGUGCCGCGAGGAACAUACGCCAUCUCGCGCUGCUGCUGCUGCUGCUGUUGCAAUUCGUCGUCAACGCCGACGGUAGGAACUUCCGUCUCGGCGUGCUCGCGCCCGUGUCCGGCUCGUGGCCCGUCGGCCGCACGAUCUUAGGCGCCGCUACCGUCACCGUCGACGAGAUUAUGUCCGACGCGUCCGACUUCAGCGCCAUCGUCGGCAGCGGCCACUCGCUGAGCUUUAUGUACGAGAACACCGACUGCAACGCGGCGACGGGUCUCGAGCGCAUCGUGCACCUUUGGUCGGCCGGACACGUCGACGCGUUCAUCGGGCCCGGCUGCGACGACGUCUGCUACGGUUGCGCGCUUCUGGCGGGGAAGUGGGGCAUGCCGAUUAUCUCGUGGGGAUGCAUGCUGCCGGAGUUUUCGGACAAGACGACGUUUCCGACGUUCUAUCGCACCGUGUCGCCGUACCAGUACACGAGCCAGCUCGUUAUCGGUCUGAUGCGGCACUACGGGUGGCGCCGCCUGGCGCUGAUCACCGUCUCCGACCCGCUGUGGCAGCUGGCGUCGCGACUCACGAAGGUUGAGCUUCAGGAGGCCGGAUUCGAGGUGCACGACUACCUCGUGUUUGACGUGCUGGAGACGAGAGUCGCCGACUCGGUAAAGCACGUCUACCAGGACGCGGUGAACAGGAGCAGAGUAAUCCUAUUCUACGCUCAUUUGGAUGAGGUCACUACGUUCAUGCAGCUCUACGGGGGAAACUUAGACGACGAGUACGCAGUACUGGCUAUAGAUAUGUUUCUCAAACCUUACGCACAAACGUUGAACCUAACAGUCGAAAGGACGACGAACAUAAACCUUUACGAAGGAAUCAUCAACAUCGUUGCGCAGGGGCAACCCAACAUUAACGGCUACGCAGAUUUUCAAGAUGGCGUCCGAAACGCUAUGGCCAAAGAACCGUUUAACAUGCCAAUGGAGCCAUGGGAGAGGGUUGACGUGUUUGCGUCCUAUCUACGCCAGGCGAUUCUUCUAUACGCGCAUGCGUUAAACGCCACGCUCGCCCGGGGGGUAGCGAUUGAUAAUGUAACAGCAGCGCUUAUCCCCGAAUUGUUCGCAACAUCGUUCUGGGAUACAACUGAUCCCGUUAGGAUGAAUUCCUACGGGGACAAGAAGCCAAGUUACGUUUUGUACAAUAUCAGGAACGGUUCACAGGUGGAGAUCGGGACGUUCUUAAGCAGUGAUGAGAAGAUUGACUUCCGGGAUGACGUCAGCAUCACGUGGCCGUCUGGACGGACCGAUCGACCAACCGGAGAACCGCGCUGCGGCUGGGAGAAUGAACACUGCGAGCAUGAACACAAUAAUAACUACGCCAUCGUGGCCAGCAUCGCUUGCGUCUGCGGAAGCCUCGUCAUCUCAGGGCUUGCCAUUAUCAUAUACAGGUUAAAGAAUGCAAAGAUAAAUUCCCGACCAAAGAACAUGGGUCAGGAAAUUCCUAGGAGUGCACUGGAACUUCAGAAGCUGAUGAAUUCAAAAAAUAUAGGAAAGAAGAGAAAAAACAAAUAUCAUAAAGAUCAUGCACGACAACCUAUACAGGAAAAAGGGAUGGAGAAAGUCGUACAGCCGGUGCCUACAUUCAAGCAAAAAAUGGGGGAAAGUAACAAUUCAUAUUUCAACAGAAUGGAUAAAGAAGUGCAAGCAGCAAAACAGAGGGCAGAGUUCGAAGUGAAGUGGGAUGUGGAAGUGACGCAGCAGCGGGACAACAAGGUUUACGUGAAGCCUGCCACACCGUUGGAGUCUGUGCAGAGAAAGACAAAACAGAAAAGCAGAGAAGUGGCAGAACAAAAGAAACAUGUAAGUCUGCAAGAACAGAAACAGGCUCUAGACUUUACGAGGACUGAUAAGGUUGAAUUCGGGAGGUAA